UAAAAAAAAUGGCGGUGGCUGCCGACGCGUGUGGCUGCGGGAGGAAAUAAUAAAAGAAAAUAUUGAAGCGGCGCUGAGCAGAGGAGACCAGUGAAUGAUAAACAGCGAGCGGCAGUUGCAGGAGGAACAGUGCGAACUAAGUUCUGAUCUGGCCAGGCAACUGCUUGUGCCUGCAGUCGAGAGAAGGUGUCCUGGUGUCCGCGAGCGAGGACAGCUGUAGAAUGUCCCGGGAGAGCGCGCGUGCCCCGGGCAUGCUUCUAAGUGACAGCGAGGAGAAUUGCUUCUCCGACCUCUUCUCCUUCGCUUCCUCAGAUGCCGACGACCGGGGCAAAGUUGCCGCCGGAACCAAAGUUGCCGAGUUGUUCCGAGCGUCCCAGCUCCCUCCAGACGCUCUACAUCAGAUCAUGAACCUUUGUGGUGCAAAGAAAUUGGGUUAUUUUGGUCGUGGCCAGUUUUACAUUGCGCUGAAACUAAUAGCUGCAGCCCAAUCUGGCCUUCCGAUACACCUCGAAAGCAUUAACUGUGAAUUGCCAAUUCCGCAGUUCUUCGCCUUGAAGAGUGACAGUGAGACGGAGCACAGCAGUCUUCCCCAAAGUGCAGAAGCUCUUGGUCAACUGACUCAUCCAGUCUCAUUAAAGAGCUCCCCGAGAGGCAUAGACAACGCAACUGCAAAAAUGGAGCCUGUGUCAGCAGCUGCAUUGCCCUUCACUUCUCCUCCUCCUUCACCUUCAUACCAGAAAAAUCAAACAGCCAGCCAAGAUGGAAGACAAAGAGUUGCCUUUGAUCAGAAUAGUGCAGUCUCUCACGAAAGAAGCCCAACUACAGGUUCAGUAGAUGGACAGACCCAUGGGAACUAUGAACCUAAACCUUCCCUUACGUGUUCAUUUUAUGCUCAGAAAGAAACAUCUGUGCAACCUCCAGAUCCAGAACCACAGGAAGAUCCCUCAGACAACACAGAUGACCCCUGGAGGAUAACUAAGGAACAACAAGAGUACUACUUCAAUCAGUUUAAAUCCUUGCAGCCUGAUUUGAAAUCCCUUAUUUCAGGGUUUGUUGCUAAGGAUCUCUUCACCAAGUCAAAGCUUCCUAUCCGAGAACUUUCUCACAUAUGGGAGCUCUCUGAUGUGGAUUGUGAUGGAGCUUUAACACUGUACGAGUUCUGUGCUGCCUUUCACCUAGUCGUUGCCAGGAAAAAUGGCUAUUCACUCCCGGCCACACUCCCUGAGACCCUGCUUCCUGAAUAUUUACAAAGGAGUGAAGUACCUCCAGCAUUGAUGCAUGAAGAUGUACGUUUGUGUUCCCAUGGCAACUUGCCAAUUGAAUCUCAACCAUUACAACAGCAAUGGGCAAACUGGAGCCACAGUGAGGAGAAUGUUGCAGCUGAAUCACUGCCUGCCACAUUACCUGCCAGUCCCCUUCAGCCACCAGAACUGCACUUCUUCAAGGACAAGCCAGAUUUAACUCUAAGCAGAGAUGCAGCUUCGAAACAAAUACCAGAAGAAUGCCAAGUAACGGAAGAUGCAUUCAUCUUAUCUAAAGCAGGUUGUCGAGAACUGGAAUCCAGCCAGAAAAGAAAAACAAGACCCAGAUCAUACUCCAGUACCUCAGCUGAAAAUGCUAUUAAGAAAGGAGAAGUUCCCCCAACGCCACCGCCAAGACUACCCAAAACUCAUUCGAGAGCAUCUUCUCUGGACCUAAAUAAACUUUUUCAGCAAGGCAGUCAAGUGGUAACAUCCGGUUGGUUACGGCCACCACCUGCCAUCCCACCACGACCUCCAAUAGCCAAGAUUGCUCCCUUUCCUGCUAAUGCAAAGGUCAAUAACCUGCCUGCCAAACCGCAAGAGAAGGUCCCGCAGCCGAAUUUUGCAGAUUUCAGCAAGUUCAGUGAACAGGGUAGUAAAGGACCAUUGACAGAAUUGCACAGUCAGGUGAACAAAUCGAACAGUCUUGGGGAAGAAAGUAAUUCUCCAAUUAAGGACACGUCACAUCGCCAGCCUCCAUUGAAACCUCUUCGCAGAAAGCUUCGACCGAAAGACCAGGGAGAAAGCCAGGAGCAGUUACCCCAGUGGAGCACAGCUUCCGGACCAAACGCCAAACCACACCAACAACUGCAAAAAAUAUCAUCCAAGCAGAAAAAAGCCAUUCAAACAGCGAUUCGCAAAAAUAAGGAAGUUAAUAUGGCCCUGGUCAGGUUGAACGGCGAGUUGCAGCAGCAGUUCAAGGAGGUUCGCAAAGAGCGGAUUACAUUGGAGUCACAGUUGGAGCCUCUUCGACCAAUCCCUCACACGUGACUCACCUUCUGGUGUAUAUCUAACGGGAGCUCAAAUAUGAGGACAAUGUAUAUAUUCAUAUUUGGAUAGGAAAGGGCACAAAAGGGGCCAAUAUGACACAAAGACCUCUCAAUACUAUCAUUUUUAUCACAAUGUGUUUGAACACAAAAAUAGAAACAUUUAUAUAAUGCAAACACUAACAUUCUAACUUCAAAAUUGUUCCCUUGUUUGAAGCACAAUCUCAUCUGGCCAUCUUGCAUGAUAAAUAAUAGCAGAGCAAAUCUAAUAUUGGCCCCCUUUCAGAGCACAAUGCAUGUUUGGCUCCCUCACACGUAUUGUAAAUCCAAAUGCAACUUAAAUGGGAAGGCAAAUAGAAUUAUCUGAAAUUUUAUCAACGCAUAUUUUUCACCUUUCCCAUACCUUGAAAUAUCAUUGAUCACUGAAAACCUGGAAACAUGAUUCACAUAUUCCAACCUCCGGAUCCCAACUUCCAUUACAUUUUUCAAAUUUAAGUAUUCGUUAAAUAUAUUGAAUUGUGCAAAAUAUAGCAUUUAUUUCCACAGAAUUGUUUGAUGAAGAUAAUAUGAACAUUAAAGUGGGUGGGUUUUUUU